AUGGCCGAUCAACACAAAUUAUUAAGAGAAUAUGAAGUAGAGGACACAUCAUCAUCAUCAGGAGGAGGAGAAACAGCAGCCGCAGCAGAAGACAAUCAUCAUCAUCACUUGGAUAAUCAUUCGUCGUUAUAUGCAAUCGAUCGUGUUAUGACUAGAGGAUUAACUCGUACUACAAUCCAAACAAUCACUCAAUCAUAUGCGAAUCAUUUGAAUCACACUAUUAGCAAUAAUAAUAUAUCAUUAUUAGAAGUUAAACAAAAUAUUCAAUUACAUCAUUCAGGAUUGGGUAUUUUUUUAACGUUUUUCUGUUUUAUUACCGUAUUUGGUAAUGGUCUUGUUAUUUAUGCCAUUGUUCAAGAACGUUACCUAAAGUCAGCUACAUAUUAUUACAUGGCAUCAUUAGCAUGCGCCGAUUUAUUUGUCGGUUUGAUUGUUAUGCCAUUUGCUAUUUUACAAGUUGUAUUUGGUGACUAUUGGCCAUUUGGCAAGACAUCUUGUGAUCUUUGGCAUUCAAUUGAUAUUUGUGCAAGUACAGCAUCGAUACUUGAUUUAUGUGUUAUUGCACUAGAUCGUUAUUCAGCAAUAACAAAUCCAAUAUCUUAUCAUCAAACAUUUUUUGUUAAACGUUGGCCUUAUUUACUUGUUGCUGUUUGGUUAUGUUCAGGUCUAAUCUCAUUUCCUGCUAUUGCGUAUUGGCGUCUUGAUGUUAGUCAAUAUAGAGUACAUCAUUGUCGUUUUCCUGAUGAUAUUUAUUAUAUUGUAUUUUCAUCAUUAAUCUCAUUUUAUAUUCCCCUGUUCGUCAUGAUUUUUGUCUAUAUCAGAAUCUAUCGUGCUGCUGUUAAACAAUUGCAUGCAUUUAAAACCGGCAUUAAAGUUGCAUCACCAACAAAAAAACGUAAAAGGAGAGGUUUGAAUAAUCAAGAGACGUCACUCGAACCACCCGCCGAUAUUUGUUUACGUAUACAUCGUGGCAAAUAUCAUGGUAUACCAUCAUCAACACGUGAUUCACUAUCUACAAUAGUUCAUGCAGAAGUAACGCGACCAUCGAAUUUAGAAGAACACUUAACUUUACCACCGAAAUUAUCUUCUAAUCAAAUGAAAAAAUCUACAAGUGGAUCAUCAUUAAAUGAUCAUCAAAAUGCAUCAUUAUCAAGAUUUUCAAUGCCGACAUUAUUAGCACCGACGACAUCGGCAACUUCUAAUGAUAAUCAUCAAUUAAAAAUAAAUAAUAUAAAUUCAAAAAAAGAUCAAUCACAAGAAACAACAUCAACAUACGAAACAUUACGUUCACCGAAAACAAACUCAGCACCGACUGCAGCCGGUGGUGGCGGUACAUCACUUGGUAAACGUUUAACAAAAUUUUCCAAAGAACAAAAAGCAACAAUCACAUUAGCUUAUGUCAUGGGAAUAUUUGUUAUAUGUUGGUUACCAUUUUUUGUCUAUAAUCCAUUAACAGCCGUGGUAAACUUAUUCAUAAAACCUAAUGAAUAUUCAAGUUCGAUAGUAAAAUUUCUAACUGGAAAUGAACUUGUUUUUCAAAUGUUUACAUGGCUUGGUUAUGUCAACUCAAGUGUCAAUCCGAUUAUAUAUGCUUAUUCAUCACGUGAAUUUCGUCGAGCAUUUAUUAAAUACUUAUGCCGAUGUUUUCCAAUACGAAUUCGAAAUUUAUUAAUGUCUUAUCAUAAUUUGCAUUUACUACGUUAUCGUCGUGCACCUGAAGCCUAUAUUUCAAAAGAAACUAUUGAAUCAGGCUCAGAUCUUAAUCAUAAUGUUAAUCACUCGAAUCUAAAUAAGCAUAAAAUGGGCCCGUCAUUAUCACCGAUUAAAGUAACAUCAAAUUCACAGAAUAAAACACAACAGCCACACCUACCGAAUAAACAGUCAAAAACUAUUCAACCGAAUCCAAAACGAAAACAUUCACGUAUUUGGUUUUUACCAAAUUGUUGUCGAUCAAAUCCUAUGCAACCUCAACAAGAGGCCCAUAAUAAUCAUAAACGUUCAUCAUCUUCGACAUCAUCAAAAAUUGUUACAUCAGCACCGCCGAAUAUACUUGUUGAUUAUUGUACUUAUCACGAUGUUGCCGUGUCUCGGGUGACAUGUGUCUGA